UAGUGACGAAGCUGGAGAACCGGUCAACUAGAGAGACUGCUUCCUCAAUCAUCGGUACGACGGUACCGGGAGAGGGGGAGGAACAGCCUUCGUUUUCAACUUCAAAGCAAGCACCGUGUUAUAGAGAUGCAAGCUCUGUCUCUCUUGUGUUCCAGAAGAAGAUACGAAAUGGAGGAUGUGACCAAUAGGGAGGAAACCAAGACAGAGGCAGAGGCAGGGGCAGGGGCAGAGAGAGUUUAUCCGCACCUCAUUAGGCAUGCCAACGUGGUCUAUGUGUGCGUGAGCGAACGCGUGGAGGAGAACAAGGCUAACUUGAAGUGGUGUCUGCAGAAUUUCAGAGGCUCAGAUAUCGUGAUUCUGCAUGUCCACCGGCCUCCCCAUUUGGUGCCCGGACCAAUGGGAGGAAAAGCACAUUUUUCUUCAGCAGAUCCUCUAGAGGUGCAUCCAUAUAGAAGUAGGAAAAAAAAGGAGAAACAACGAUGCAUGAGCCUAUAUGUUCAGGCAUGUAAAGUGGAGCAGGCCGUUGUAGUCUAUGAAAUAAUUGAGUGGGAUGAUGUAGCAACAGGGAUUGUUGAGUCAAUCCUUAGGUUUAACAUUCAGAGACUUGUCAUGGGAGCUGCUGCAAAUAGCAAGGACAAGAGAGAUAUAACAUCACCAACUUCAAGCAAAGCAAUCCAUGUUAGAUCUCAUGCACCUCCUUGGUGCAACAUAUGGUUCCUGUGCAAUGGAAACUUUAUUUGCAAACAUGAAGCACCUUCUGUUAUUGAAAACAAGACAUCUUCUUUGUCACCAUCACCAAUGUCGGUCGGUUCGAGGACUUCUGAAUUAACUCCAGAAAGAUCACAAUUUUCAAAGCCCCAUUCAAAAACUCUAUCAAGCUGGUUUAGAAGGAAGGGGUCAAAGAGCAUGCCGAGCCCAUCAGGAAUCAACAGCUACAGUCAAUCUCCCUCCAGUUUGGAUAGCAGCAUUUCAUAUGGCUCAUCUGUUUUUUCUGUCGAUCUUGGUCCUGGACCUUCCUCAGACACAUUAUCAGCUUCAAGAGGAGAUCAAGAAGCUGGUGAAGAAGCAGAAGAAAAGGGACCGCCAUUGCUUGUAGAGCAUGGAGCAGAUGUUGGAGCGGAUGCACCAAAGGAGGAAGAGGUUGAAGAAUUGUGGGAAUGCUUACAAAGGUAUAAAUUAGAAGCUAAAUCAUUGAAAAGAGAGGCCUUAGAGGAGCUGGAGAAACGUCAAAAUGCAGAAGAAUGUGCCAUCGAUGCAGUACGCAAGGCAAGACAAGCAGAUAGGCUAAGAAAGGAAGCAGAGGAAUGUGCAGAGAAGAUGGCAAAAAAGAUGAUGGAGAUGGAGAGCAUGAUCACAGAGCUAAGGAAUGAGAAUGCUUCUCUCAGGACACACACUGCAGGUCUGGAACAAGAAGUAGAAAUCAAAAGCCAAGAACUAAAAGAAGCGAUGGAUGAGAGGCAGAAGACUGAAAUUCAAAUUGCAGUUCUAGACCAUGAUCUGAGAAUUAAAAGUGAAAAGCUACAAGAGGCUGUGGAGGAACUAGCAAAAUUCAGAAGGGAGGAGUUACAAACUGAGAGUUUCAUCGAGUUCACACUUGAUGAGCUAAGAAAUGCAACACAUGGUUUUGAUGAGAACUUGGUAAUUGGUGCAGGAGGUUUUGGAACAGUUUAUAGGGGGCAGGUCCACUAUACGGCUGUUGCCAUCAAGAAGCUCAACCCUGGGAGCACGGAGGGGGCAAAACAGUUCAAACAAGAGAUACUUGCUUUAACAAAACUGAGACAUCCACACCUUGUCACAUUAAUUGGUGCUUGUUCUGAAGAACAUUGCCUUGUCUAUGAGCUCUUAAUAAAUGGAAGCCUAGAGGAUCGUCUCUUCGGCAAUCAUAAAGAGCAGAUAUUUUGGUGGAAAGAUCGACUUCGAGUAGCAGCGGAGGUUUGCUUGGGGCUUCUUUUUCUUCAUUCCAAUUCUAUGGUACAUGGUGAUGUGAAGCCUGCGAACAUCUUGCUAGAUGCUAACAACAAGGCCAAGAUUGCAGAUUUUGGGAUUUGUCGGUUUCUCCCCAAGCCUCAAAGGGAGUCCACUAGCACAGUUUGUAAAUACACUGACCCAAGGGGAACCAAGGUGUACAUGGACCCCGAGUUCAUGAGCUCUGGAAAAUUGACAUACAAGUCUGAUGUUUAUGCAUUUGGUAUCAUUCUUAUGCAAUUACUCACCAGAAAACCUGGUUUUGGAUUGCCAAGUGAAGUUGGAAAAGCUUUGAAUAACAGUGCAUUACACAAAAUCUUAGAUCAUGAUGCAGGAAACUGGCCUAUGGGUGAAACUUCACAGCUGGCGAAUUUGGCACUGCAGUGCUGUGAGCUGAGGCAGAAGUGCAGACCUGACUUGGAAACCGAUGUCUGGAAGUUCCUACAACGCUAUUUGUAGUGUAUUUUAUGUUAUUCACUAGUUUAUACAUUCAUGGUACUUUUUAUGUCAAUAUCUAUUGUAUAUCAUGUAUCAUAAUAUCUCAAAAAAAUAGUCUUGUACUAUAGGGUAAAUUUGUUCAUUCUUAUAUCGAUGAUUGCUAUUCCAAGAAAUAUAUUUGGAAUGAUUCAAAUCA